AUGGCUUUCCACCCACCAUCAGAGAUUCAAGUGACCUCUCGCCAGAUCCCUGCAUGGCGAGGAAUUCCCAAUACCUCGAUCCAAUUAAAACCACUCAUGAUAUACCAUGGUGCCUUUGACGCCACACCCGCCGAGCUUGAGCGUCGCCUGGAAGCAAUAGGUGAAGUGGUCCCCCAAUGGGUGUAUACUAUGUACAGUACGACCCAUUUUCAUUCCACUAGCCACGAAGUUCUCGGCGUCGUUGCGGGGCAGGCUCGGCUUUGCUUUGGUGGCGAAGAGAAUCCCGAGCGGUUCGAGCCAACGGUCCAGUGUGGUGAUUUGAUUAUCGUGCCCGCAGGGGUUGGGCAUCGCCUGUUGGAGGAUCUGGGCGACAAGGCAUUCGAUAUGGUGGGGUCAUAUCCUCCUGGAAAACAGUGGGAUAUGUGUUAUGGCGAGGCUGGCGAAGGGGAGAAAGCCAGGGAGAUCCAAAAUCUAGCAUGGUUCCAUCACGAUCCUUUAUACGGAGGGGAUGGCCCUGCCCUGUAUGUAUAA